GGGCUCUUCCUGUUCCUGCCGCACCCUCUUCCCCGGGCCGCUGGGGGCGGGACCGCGGGCUGGGUAAGGGCCGGGCAGCGGAGGGCAGAGAUGGAGGAGCCCGACUCGGCGCGGCUGCCCUCUCGCCUGGCCAGGCUGUUGUCGGCCCUCUUCUACGGCACAUGCUCCUUCCUCAUCGUGCUGGUCAACAAGGCGCUGCUGACCACAUACAGUUUUCCCUCACCAAUUGUUCUUGGAAUUGGACAGAUGGCCACCACCAUAAUGAUACUGUAUGUGUCCAAGCUAAAUAAAAUAAUCCACUUCCCUGAUUUUGACAAGAAAAUUCCUGGAAAGCUGUUCCCUCUGCCUCUUCUCUACGUUGGAAACCACAUAAGUGGCUUAUCAAGCACAAGUAAAUUAAGCUUGCCGAUGUUCACUGUGCUCAGGAAAUUUACGAUUCCACUCACUUUACUCCUGGAGGCCAUCAUACUUGGGAAGCAAUAUUCCUUGAACAUCAUCCUCAGCGUCUUGGCCAUCGUUCUCGGGGCUUUCAUUGCAGCUGGCUCUGAUCUCACAUUCAACUUGGAAGGCUACAUUUUUGUAUUCUUGAAUGAUAUCUUCACCGCAGCCAAUGGAGUUUAUACCAAACAGAAAAUGGACCCGAAGGAACUGGGGAAAUACGGAGUGCUUUUCUACAAUGCCUGCUUCAUGCUCAUCCCAACUGUCAUUAUUAGUGUCUCUACUGGAGACUUUCAGCAGGCCACUGAAUUCAGCCACUGGAAGAAUGUCUUAUUCAUCAUACAAUUUCUUCUUUCUUGUCUUUUGGGGUUUCUUCUGAUGUACUCCACAGCUCUUUGCAGUUAUUACAACUCAGCUCUGACCACGGCGGUGGUUGGAGCGAUCAAGAAUGUAUCGGUUGCCUACAUUGGGAUGUUGGUUGGUGGAGACUACAUUUUCUCCCUCUUAAACUUUAUAGGGUUAAAUAUUUGCAUGGCAGGUGGUUUAAGAUACUCCUUUUUAACACUAAGCAGCCAGUUGAAACCUAAACAACCUGUGGAUGAAGAAAGCAUCCCUCUGGAUCUGAAGAACUAGACUGAAGAUGGAGUUGCAGGCCUAGGCUGGAAAAAGCAGCCAGAGCAGGAGUGGGCAGCCCAGAGGCCUCACACACAAGGCAGUCACCUGUUUGGUCAGAGCACAAAAAGAACUUCCUGCGAAAUACAAAGCAAGCUACCUCACACGUCACUGCACGAUGAGCCAUGAGGAACCCACAGCUCACACUACAAAACCUUCCCAACUAAGCGAAUUUGCUCCAAGUCAGCCAUGGGGCCCUCACUAUGUGCUGAGGAAGAUGCUUCAAGGCAAUGCUUAUCAGCAUUGUGGCCCUUUUUUGUUUGUUUGUUUUUUUGAGACAGGGUUUCUCUGUGUAGCCCUGGCUGUCCUGGAACUCACUCUGUAGACCAGGCUGGCCUCGAACUCAGAAAAUCCACCUGCCUCUGCCUCCCAAGUGCUGGGAUUAAAGGCGUGUGCCACCACCGCCUUGUGGCCUUAAUUUUAAAUGCCUCAGCCAAGGAAAAGGAGGGAAAACUUUUUGUCAGGGAAACAUCUCGUUGUCUUUGUAACAGUUGGUCAGUUUUGAUUUGAGCUAUGUUUUUUUCCAAGUCAUCACAGUGAAAUAAAGUCAUUUCUAUAUAUGCCG